CUGUGGCCUGAAAAUCACCUCCUUUAUGGCAACCGGGCCCUCUGUUUUCUCCGAACUGAACACUAUAUUAAAGCCCUGUGGGAUGGGAAAAGAUCCAUUGUUUUGAAGCCCAACUGGCCAAAGGGACAUUAUCGAUUCUGUGAUGCUCUAUCAGUCAUGGGAAAGCUCAAAGAAGCAUUGGAAGCCAAUCUGAGAGGUCAAGAGUUGUGCGAGAAUAACCCUAAAGGAAUUAAGGAUCUUAUUCAGCAACGUGAAAAACUUAUAAUGCAGCUGGAAGAAACUGGAGGUUUUUCCACUUUAAGAUGGUCUUUGAAUAUACAGAAAAACACUUGUUCUUCAGAAUCUGACCAAGAAUCAAAGCAAUCUGACAAUGAAAAGAAAAAGUCUGAUUCUCAGCAUAAUGUUUGUCAGCAGAUGCAAACAAAGGUGGCUGAUAAUACACAGACUAAAGAAAACAAAGAUUGGCUUUCAGAUUUUACUUCAGGACUGAAUGAAAAUCAAAGAAAACCAAGGAGUAAAAUGGGAGAUUCUGAGAAGAUGAGAGACCAGUUGAACCCAAAAACAGAUUCUCAAAAAGGUCUAGACAAACAGAAUACUACCAGUAGUACUAUGGAACAGGUGGAUAUAUCACCCUCACUGGAAAUGUUGAUGACUUGUAUAAAAAAUGGAUACACAGCUUUGAUGGAUCAACGUUUUCACAGCGCUGAACAGUCUUUUGAACUAUUACUGAAUACUUUAGAUAAAUCCCAACUACAGCCCCCAAACAUCUUGCAGCAAAUGAAUCUUGCUGUUGUUGAUUAUGUUGUAAUCCUCUAUGGAUAUGCCACUGCUCUGCUCGGAAUAGGGCAGCUUGAGGCACUAACUAAAGCCAAAGAGUAUUUUAAUAACAUAAUUGAACAGUAUCAGAAAGUGAGAUUUGAUUGCUUAGCACAUUAUGGAAUUGGUAAAGUAUACAUGAGACAGAAUAGGUUUUCAGAAGCUCUAGACCAGUUCAUGAAAUCAAAGAUCAUGGUUAGGCAUAAAAUGGUGCCUGGUGUAUUGACAUGGCCCACAACUUCAGUAGUUAUUGAAGAGACAAGGCCUGAGAGGUUGCAAGUCAUACUGGAAGAUUGUAUUGAAGAAUGCAAGUUUCCUCCAAAUCCAGAUGCAAUUUGUCGCUACCAGCAGUGCCAAGCACAUAAAAUCAAAAUAUAUUUUAGUGACCCAGAUUUCAAGGGUUUUAUACGUGUUGCUUGCUGUGAACAAUGCAUAGUGGAGUUUCAUGUAACCUGUUGGAAGAAACUGAAAGCAACAAGAUAUAGUGAUAAAAAUGAUAAGGAUAUUCUUCGAGAGCUAUGUUUCACUCCAGAUUGUAAAGGCCUCAUUUCUAAAAUCGUUGUCUACAGCUCGUGUGGUCUUGUUAAAUGUGAGUUUGAACAUAAAAUAAAAAACAAGAAUCCUCCAAAGCCCACUGUCAAACAAAAAUGUUUGAGUUCUAGGAAUCUACAAAUAAAACAAGAGAGAAAAUGUUUGAAAGAAGCUAUCUCAGCCACAGUAACAGACCAUGCAGAAGUAUCUCACAAAGAAAACUGUAUAUCAAAAGACAAUAAUCAUAAAGGAAGCAUUCAGAAGAGUUAUUUUACUGGGGAUACAGUCCUGCAACUUAUUGUGCAGCGGGCUGCAAACAUACAGGCUGGUGUACAUGAUACCUUCAAACUUCUUAAUGAGUUGUUUUCAUGGUGGGUACUUAGUGAAGAAGAUUAUGCGCAGAUUUCUUCAAGUUGUCUAUUACCCAUCGAAGUGGUGGACCAGAUCAUAAACUUCUUAAUUACUAAAAAUGAUAGAGUGAAGUCAAGAAUUUUUGUUCACAUUUUAAGUGAGCUUGAAGAAGUAGAUCCUAACCUGCACGAUUGGAUGAAACAUCUCGACAAUAAUGGUUUAAAAGCUACAAAAAUAUUUUUUGCUGAACAUGGAACAUGCUUUGUAAAUCUUGAUCUUAGUUUAAUAGCAGUUCUCUGGAAUGAGAAAUAUGGUUUCAAACUGGGCAGGAUGUUUAGCUUCACAUCUGAAGAUACAUUUGACAUACUAGACUACUUUAGAGAGCUAUCAUACAUGGAAAUUCGUUGUUUUCUAUGGAUGUUAGAAGAGAAUAGAGAGAAUUUCCCAUUUCUUCAUCAAUUCUUAGAUGACUAUUUUGAUAACCUUGAUAAUCCUUUUACUGUAAUAACAAAGGAGGGAACUGAAACUACUUUGAAUAACACUAUCAAAGUUAAAAAAAGAAACCAAAAGAAGGCAAAGGGAUCAAAGGCUAAUUUAGUUGUGUCUGGUCGAGUUGGUACAGUAACUAGAGAAGAUGACUAUCUAUUUUCAGAAGAAAAUACAUUCAGAAGUUUUAUGAAUCUGCAUGAGCCUUUCAGGAUUCCAGAUGGUCUUCAUGAACAAGUGGAGAUAUUUGAAGCUUUGUAUAAUAAUGCUUCUUCCAGUAGCGAUUAUCAGAGCAUUCUGGACAACUAUCCAGACCCAACUUGUGAAAGCUUGUAUGACUAUUUUUCUCAAAUCUUGGAAGAAUAUGGCCCUAUGGAAAUUGAUAACCAGCUGUUAGUUGGAGAAUAUGCACAUUUUCCUGAACAUACUCAAAAGAUUGUAGAGGAUGCUGGUGGCCUGAAAUCUUUUCUGUUGGAAUCUCAACGUUUUGUUAUGAUAGGUGAUCUUAUUGGCUUGAUGAAACAUGCAGUCAUGCUGAAGGAAAAUGCAGAUGUCAUUGGAGUGGAUGAAAGAACUAAAAAUGAAGAAAAUUGCUCAGUCUGCCUACAUAGUAAAGAAAAUAAUUCCCAAACCAGACUUCAUUUAAAUCCAGAUGCUAAGGAAUUCAAGCCCAUGUCUUACAUUAAUCAGCCCUGUGUGACAAUAUCUACUAAUGCAGCAGUAGCCAGUAAUACUCCGGAUUAUAUGACUACCAGCCAUUCCUCUUUUAGUCCUUUUGUUUCCACGUAUUCUUUUUCUAGUCAGACAACCGACUCUAUAGCAGAAUCAUUGCCUUCAGUUAUUCCUGAAAAUCGACCAUUAUUUCUGAAUGAGAUUCAAUCAGAGUAUCAAAAUGAAAGAACUUUGCCAGUGCUUACUCAGAUACCACUUGUGCCAGAUAUUUCAGAAGACUCUAAAUAUAUAUAUGUGGAUUAUAAUGCUUACCUUAAUAUUGAUCCAGGAACAGUAUCAAGCAGCAAUUACAGCAUUGCUAAUCAUGCAACAAAUGAUGAAGUGCAAAUGUUCCAGAAUUCUCUGUCCAUGCCAGUGAAAUGUGAUAUUCAGCCUUGUGAAAAUAAUCCUGAUCAGGCUGAGAAUCAUAGUGAUGUAGCUGAGUAUAGUCCCCUUGCCAAAACAGAAACAAAGUAUAAGACUGUAGCAAGAAAAAAUCCCCGUUCAAGGAUGAUCGCAAUUCAGGUAGAUCAAGAACUAACAGACAAGGGAGUUAAUACUUUACCUCUCCAACCAUAUGAAACUCAACAAGGUGAUACGUUACGUAUGGAAAAAGAACACCAGGUACUACAAGAACAACUUAAAGAAGCAAGUGAAAAAUAUGAACAGCUUAAAAGUCGAAGCGCCAAAGAAAUUAGUGUUUUAGAAGAUGAGUUAUUACUUCUUAUUGAAGGAAACAAGCUUACCAAAAAAGAACUGGAUUGGUUUCACCAAGAUGUAGAAAUGGAAAUGAAAAGAUGGCAGCAGGAAAAAAAGGAAAAUCAAGAGAGAUUAAAAGUAGGAAAGACUAAAGUAAGGAAGUUAACAGAAACCAAUGAAAUAUAUACAAGAAAUAAUGAUGAGAAGGAUAAGCAGUACAAACGAUAUUUGGAUGACUUCCUUGAGAUCAGUAAUAAGUCUGAAAAUGAAAAAGUAAAAAUGGAAGAACUUAUAAAGAAAAGUCACAAUGACCACCAGGAGUGUGUUAAGCGAGCUAUUGCAGCAGAGGUGUCAGUGCUUGAAAACUGGAAAGAGACUGAAUUAUAUAAAUUACAUAGAAGAGCAAGAAAUGCAGAAGCCAAUCUUAAAUACCUUAAGUUCAUGACUAGCCGCUCCACCGUGUCUCAGUCAAAGUUACAAAUUGAUUCUUGGGAGUCCUUCAUUUCUAAGAUCAAGGAAGAAAUCAGGAAGACAGAGAGUCAGUUUGAAGAAAGAAUUUGUAUGGUGAAAAAUGGUGCUUCUCUCAGUAGUAUCUCUGCUGUGAAAAUUGCAGAACUUGAACCCCCAGUUGGUCUAUCAUUAGGAGCCCAUGAGAAGCCUCCUAUUAAUGAUCCAGCCAUAGUAAUGUAUUCAGCUACAGCUCCACACCUGCCCUCUAAUUUGUUUGCUACAUUUUCAAGUAUGAAUGAUAACAGUCCUUUACCCUCUACAGUUAACAUGCAUACUGGAAAUAAAGCAUCCAGUAAAGUUUCAAGGCUUCCUUCUACAAAUAAAGAAGCACCCUCUCAGUGCAAAGAAAGCUCACUUUCUGAUCAAGUAUGUCUAACACAGUCAUCUGGGAACUCUAGAAGACCUAUGCAGGAUGCCCAGGUACAACUCAGCACUCAAGAGGAACCAGCAGCGACUGCAAGAUUGGACCAUAUUAAAAUCUUUAAGAAGCUGCCCCUCCCAAAAGCGUCUGAAAAUAUAAUUGAGCAACUUAGAACUAUAUUUCCACACUAUACAAGUUCAGAUUUUGAGAAUUUCAUAAAAGAAGUAAAAGUCAAGAAUAAAAGCCAGCUGAGCCCAGAUGAGCUGCUUAGCAGAGUAACAGAGUUUAUUUUGGAUCAUCCAAACAAGAAAAAGGUACUGCCCUCUUCAGGGAGCAUUGAGAAGUUGGCUUCAGAUGCUUCAGUCCAGAGUGGAAAUCAGACUCAUAAAGUGUUCAAGAUGUCAGGACAAAGUGUUUCUAACCUAUCUAAGUCCAGAAUUGCUCACAAAAAUAAGAAGAAAACUAAUCUCCCACCUCAGUCAGUUCAAGUGCCUUGGAAAACUGUUGGAGGAACAUCAAAACUGAAAUGGAAGAAAUCAAGUGAUGCCAGUGAUAAUGAUCCUUGUGUAAUAUGUCAUGAGGAACUAAGUUCAGAAAUGUUACAUGUGCUAGACUGUGGGCACAGAUUUCAUAAACUGUGUAUUGGGCCAUGGAUUAAGGAGCACAGUACAUGCCCAACAUGCCGUCAUCAUGUUCUGUUACCUGAAGAUUAUCCUGAGCUUCCUGGUCGGAAAAGAACCACUUAGAUGUUGUAUGUGAUUAAGCAAGGAUGUGAUUCAGCUUAUUUAGAAUCAUGAAAAUGAAGAUAUAUGUGUAGACUGCUCCUUCUGUUUAUGAAGUGUUGCAUGUUAAAGACAGUAAGUGACUCUGAAUUUUCCCCUUGGCAGUAGUAAUCUGGUUUAUAGACAAGCACAAUAGGCAGUUUUGUAACAUUGCAGCAAAACAGGUAGAAGAGUUAAGACUUACAAGUAAGUCUAUUAAAUGUUGUUCCUUUAAAAGUGUAUUAAUAAAAUGUUUUAAAUGUUCUAUUUAA